UGUCCGUAUCCCCAUACCAACUGUGGGGGGUGAUUAAGAAUAUUAUUUGCCAUCUUGGAAAUUGCGAAUACAAGGUUUUUAAUGUGGUCAGUGACAUGGCUUCAUCCAAUCAGGGUAUGUGGAAAGAAGCUGGAGUAAUUACAAACAGGUUUCAGAUUUCAUCAUGUGUUGCGCAUCCCUAUUUUGCCGAAGAAAAUCUAUAUUUUAUGGCCGAUGUGCCUCAUCUGCUAAAAAAUUUGAGAUCUGCUUUAUUGAAAUACGAUCUGGAACUACCAAAAUCUACUGUAGAAAAAUAUAAUUUGCCAACUUCAAUAAGUUACAAGAUGGAAGAGAACUGAAACUAGCACCUAAACUUGCGAGAAAAAAUGUCAAUCCAUCACACUAUGAGAAAAUGCGAGUGAACACUGCAUCACAGUUAAGUAAAUAAUAAUUUAAAUGCUUAUGAUGGGUUUUCGAUACUGCAGUUUCCAUCGUUUUAUAUUUUUGCAGUUACUAAGCCAUAGCACUGCAUCGGCCUUGAGAGCACUUGUCGCCCACAAAUCUAUGAAUGAAACUGCUUUGACAACCGCCUUCUUGUGAAUAAUUGGUUUGAUAUAACCAAUCGCAGACAUAUGGGAGAUGCUCCAUUCGUCAAUUCUGAAAAAAAAUUGGAUUUCUUAUCUGAGGCAUUGCAUGUUAUAAAAAAUAUGAAAUUUGUCGCGACUGGAUGGAAGCCUGUGCAGUCUGGAUUGCAAUUGUCUACAACUACAAUUUUACGCCUACACCAGAAGCUGGUAAUAAAUGGUGAAGUUAUUUUUCUCAUGGCUGGGAGGUUGACGCAGGAUGUCUUGGAAAAUUUAUUUUCACAAGUUCGUGGCAAGGGAGUUCAACACCCGAAACCAACGCAAUUUCGUGUGGCUGUCAAACUUAUUUCCGUCUCACAAUUUAUGAGCACCCCGACCUCAACAAACUACGAGAACGAUGAUACACAUCAUUUGCUCGAAUUUAUCAAAACAAAUUUAGAUAACCAGCAAUUCGACUCUAAAAAAGAAACAAGCGACGAAUCCAGUGCAAUGGAGGUGUUGCUUGGUGCUGCAUCGGUUUUCUUUGACACAUGUGAAGCGGAUGCUUUGUAUUAUUUAUCAGGUUGGACUGUACUCAAAGAAGUGAAAAAACAAGAUUGUGGAAUCUGCAAAGAUGCGUUUGUUUCUAUGGAAAGGGUCAAUCCCGAUGAAUGCCCACAAUCGUUAUUAACUCUUUUUCGGUCUUACAUACCUGAUAAAAAUUUGAAAAUUGAUAGUUUCACUCAAUAUUUAUGCCACCCAUCCAAAAAGCAAUGUUAUUUUUGCGCGAAGUAAGAAACUAUAUUUCGCGCCAAUAUCAAUGCUCUCCACAAUAUAUGUUCGCCAGUUACUUUUCUGAUAGAUAAAGUUGACUGCUUGAAAUAUAAUUUCCCAUCUUGCCAAAAUGUCGCUUUUAAAAUUUUGAAACGUUUUGUCAGUAUAAGGUUGAAUAUUCACGCAAAAGAGGUGACAAAUAAACUUAUUGAAAAACAGUAUGCGAGUAAAACUGCAGCAAGAGCUCAAGUCAAAUAGAUAAUAUAUUAUACAGUCCAGAUUGUUAGAUUCAUGCAGGAACUCCACAAUUUAUUCGCAUAUAUUUUCAUUUAGUACUGUAUAAUAAAUUAUUUGAUUCCCUGUGAUAUUUGAAUUGCCAUCUUUGUACUUUUUCAGUGCACACAUUCUGGAACUUCAUAAUCUAUUCACAUAUAUUUUCUUGUGUACUGUGUAAUCAAUCAUUCAAUUCACUGUGAUAUUCGAAUUGCCAUCAUCGUACUUGUUCUGAGCACACAUGCAGGAACUCCAUAAUUUAUUCACAAUUCUAAUUAUGCGGUACUGUAUAAUGUGGGUUAAAUAUAACUUCGCAGUGCAAUUAUAAAAUAUAUAAACUAAUUUGGCAAAUUUUAUACCAAACUCUACGCGUCACACAUUGAACGAAAAUAUAAGAAUGUAUAGUCUUUGAUUUAUUACAUCCUAUAUACCAAACUUCCGCUCACAAAAAUAAAUUUGGUUAGUUCCAGUAUCCACUAGAUUUUUUUUUCUUAACGAAAAUUGCAUUAUGUAUUGUUUUAUAAUUUAUUUAUCAUUGUAUCAUUAUUAUUGUUUUCUGGUUUGACGAAAUAAAUAAAUUCUCUCUGUUCUUUCAACCUCGAUAUAUGCCGAUAUCCUUCAUUUCAUGCAUAUCUUAUAUUUUUUUAUUAUAUUUUAACAAUGUACACAUUGUUGAACAAAUAGUUGCAAGUUCCCGUAGUGU